GUGUAAAAACUCUGUUCGGUUAUAAGUAAACUUGUGUGUCGUUAUUAAUAAAUAAGUAUUGUGAAAGUGAGGAUCGUUUAUCGCCACAAUGGAGUCAGUGCUGCAUCCGCCAUUACCGUUCAAAUUUGAGAACAAUUUAGUGAACGUUACAUCGGGAAAUUUAUGCAAAGAAUGGGAUAAAUGGAAAAAAGCCUUUUUAAUUUAUUACGAAGCUUGUGAAAUCGCGAAAAAACCACAAAAGGUUCAAAUUAACAUUUUACUGCAUAUAAUAGGUGAUAAGUGCCGCGAGGUAUAUGACCAGUUUAGCGAAGAGUCAAAAACUGUAGAUGAGUUGUUAAAGAAGUUAGACGAAUUUUUUGAACCCAAAAAGAACCUCGCCGUAGAGAGACACAAAUUCUUCACACGGAACCAGCAGGAGUUCGAAUCUAUUGAACAGUAUGUCUUUGAAUUAAAUGUGAUGGCGGCAAAGUGUGAGUUUAAAGAUCUGUGCAGUGACCUCGUGAGGGAUCGGUUAAUAUGCGGUAUUCAGGAGACAAGCUUGCGGGAACGACUUCUACGAGAAAGUGACUUGACGCUGCAAAAAGCUAUAGAAAUAUGUAGGCUAGCCGAAAUAUCCCGUGCUCAAGCUGGUCACAUAAAGCAGGACAAUGUGGAACAUCAUGUGCAUGAAAUCAAAACUAAGCAAAAAAUAGCGAUGGAACGUCAAGGUCAACCGAGCUGUUGUUAUAGACAAGAACAUGAGGAUACAGAGGAUAAGGCGGUGCAUGCGGUCAGCGCGAACAAUCGCGGGCGCCGCCGCCGUGGAUCGUGGCGCGGAGGGCGCCCCGGACAGGCACACGCAGCUCCCGGGCACGACAACCUGCCAGCGGCGCGCGGCAAUUGGCAGCGGUCGUCACAAACCAACAGGACUGGCGGCCAUAGCUGUUCGAGAUGUGGGUCUACACAUAAAAGAUUCCAGUGUCCAGCAUUUGGUCAGCUGUGUGACAGGUGCCAUGGACGAAAUCACUACUCGAGAAUGUGUCGCGUGUAUGAAAUAAGAGGGGAAUCCACCGAUGAGGUAAAUAAUAAAUUUAAUAAUGAUAAUGAGUGGUCUGUAACUGUAUCCAUUAACAAUAAGAAUAUUAUGUUUGAACUGGACACGGGAGCUGAGGUAAAUGUUUUGCCAGAAAGAAAAUUGGCAAUUGUGCUAGUAGAACAGGUUAAAAAUAAAUUGAAAGAAAUGCAGGAUCAAGGCAUCAUCGCAAAAGUUGAAGGACCCACCGACUGGGUAAAUAGCAUGACUGUUGUUAAAAAACCGAACGGAGACCUGCGAAUAUGCCUUGACCCGAAGGAUUUAAAUAAAGCCGGCGCGGGCGGCGAUGACAACACACGGGCGAGCGACCUCGACGUGCGCGCGCAGGUGUGCGCCAUCUCGGCAAGCAACCCGCUCACUGAUACGCACUUCUUACAAAUACAAAAAUGCACGCAAGAUGAUGCUGAAUUGAAAGAGCUAACUAAAACUAUAAAAAGAGGAUGGCCAGAUCACAAAAAGAUGAUGGUGAGACCUCCUGAUCGGUGGACCUACCCUGUACCUGAACCUCGUCGCAACUAG